UCUGGGCCCCAGACGUCUCCAUAAGAACACAGUUGGACUUUCAGGAGCUUCUGGUUGCAGGGCGAACCCCAUUCAUAUUGCUGAACCUGCUGGGUAAAUAACGAAAAUGUUGGCGUUUUUCCUCACUCGCGCACUGCAUGAUGGACACGGAGGAGGAAUUUUGUUGUCAGACACUAAAAGGAGGUUGUCCGUAAUUGACUUUAAGCGGCCAACAGUAAAAUAUUAAGUCUAGCCGUCAGCUUCACUGAGCUCUUCAGCUCCACCUUUCUUGCUCUGAGAAUUGAAAAACCCAGAAGGUUUUGAUGUUUUGUGUGACAUCUUCUGAAUUAGAAACCAAGAUGAACAUAACCAAAGGAGGCCUGGUGUUGUUCUCAGCAAAUUCAAACUCGUCGUGCAUGGAGCUUUCAAAGAAAAUUGCCGAGCGGCUGGGGGUGGAGAUGGGCAAAGUGCAGGUUUACCAGGAACCUAACAGAGAAACAAGAGUACAGAUUCAAGAAUCCGUGAGGGGAAAAGACGUUUUCAUCAUCCAGACAGUUUCGAAGGACGUGAACACCACCAUCAUGGAGCUCCUGAUCAUGGUGUAUGCCUGCAAGACCUCUUGUGCCAAAAGCAUCAUCGGCGUGAUUCCCUACUUUCCUUACAGCAAGCAGUGCAAGAUGAGAAAGAGAGGUUCCAUUGUUUCCAAGUUGCUGGCUUCCAUGAUGUGCAAAGCGGGUCUAACUCACCUUAUUACUAUGGACUUGCACCAGAAGGAAAUUCAGGGCUUCUUCAAUAUUCCUGUUGAUAAUUUAAGAGCAUCUCCCUUCUUGUUACAGUAUAUUCAAGAAGAGAUCCCAGAUUACAGGAAUGCAGUCAUUGUGGCCAAGUCUCCAGCCUCAGCUAAGAGGGCACAAUCUUUCGCGGAGCGCCUGCGCUUGGGGAUUGCUGUGAUUCACGGAGAAGCGCAAGACGCAGAGUCUGACCUGGUGGAUGGGAGGCACUCCCCACCCAUGGUCAGGAACGCUGCCGCCAUCCACCCCAGCCUGGAGAUACCCCUGCUGAUUCCGAAAGAAAAGCCUCCAAUCACAGUGGUUGGCGACGUCGGAGGAAGGAUUGCUAUCAUUGUGGACGACAUCAUCGAUGAUGUGGACAGCUUCCUGGCUGCAGCGGAGACCCUGAAGGAAAGGGGGGCGUACAAGAUCUUCGUGAUGGCGACCCAUGGCCUGUUAUCCUCAGACGCCCCUCGGCUGAUCGAAGAAUCUGCCAUCGAUGAGGUGGUGGUGACCAACACAAUUCCACAUGAAAUCCAGAAACUUCAGUGUCCCAAAAUUAAAACUGUGGACAUCAGCAUGAUCCUUUCAGAAGCCAUCCGCCGGAUUCACAAUGGAGAAUCGAUGUCCUACCUUUUCAGAAACAUAGGCUUAGACGACUGAUCAGCUUCUCUCCGUAGAACCUCCAGGGGCCAAACUGGAAUGAACAGACCGGACUGUGGGCUGCAAUGGAAGAUGCUUGGCGUUGCUUAUUUCACAAGAGCCAAUUUGUUUUCUCCCCAACCCCCUGUUCUUCUGGUUAAUUCCUAUGAAGACAGAGUACUUUGUCAUUGGGUUUGGGUCUUUGCGACUUUUUUGGAGCCAUUUUUAUAAAAGAAAAACUUUAUUCUCCUGUAAAAUUAAAACCUGGAUUUUUGUCGUCGUUGUUGUUUUAGUUAUUUUUAAAAAAGCAAUUAGAAUAAGAUUUUUCAGCUCACAAACAGUCUUUAUGCAAAGUUGCUUGGGCCCAAGUGCUUGAUGAUAAUAAAAUAAAAUUAUCUACUGUGUACCUUCAAUUGAUACAAAAGAUGAUACUGUUAAAUCCAGUAAAUGACAUUUUUAGAAGUGCUUUUAUAGACAAGCAUAUGAAAUAUGUGAUCAUAUUUAUUUUCUGCAACAAAAGAAGGAAUAAAACUUUGUCGUCUGCUUGUGUGUUUUUUACCUUUGUGUUUUAGCGGUUCUUUUAUAACUAAAAUAAAAUAAACGUGAAUUAA